AUGCUCAAAAGCCAGCAUUUAAAACAGAAGGGUGGCGGCAGCAGUGGUGCACCACCAUGGGAUAAAUCACACUUCUCACCCUCCCCACCAUCCACCGACCAGAUAUCCCCAUCUCCAUCCAAGGCCUCCACCUCCAGCUUUGGGACUUCUGAAGUAUCCACCAUGAAUUCCAGUUGGACAAAUGAUGAUCAUGAAGAAGAAGAGUUUGAAUAUUCCGUUUGUUCAGUUUGCCAGAAUAAACGUCCAAGUACUCGGUUAAAGCAAUUAGACUUCAAUUACACCGAACUCUACCAUGCUACUGAUGGUUUCUCUUCAGACAACUUUCUAUCAGAAGGAGGAUUCGGUUCUGUGUAUGAAGGAGAGCUCAAUAUCCAUGGUGGAUUAAAAGUUGCUAUCAAACAACAUAAAGACGCAAGUUUUCAAGGAGAGAAAGAGUUCAAGUCUGAAGUUAAUGUACUCAGCAUGGCUCGACACCCGAAUGUGGUCAUGUUGUUGGGAUCAUGCUCAGAAGGAACACACAGGCUGCUUGUUUAUGAGUUUGUCUGCUUUGGCUCACUUGACCAACACUUAUCAACAGCUACGGAAAAUCCGAAUCCACUUACAUGGGACAAGAGAAUAAAGAUCGCUCUCGGAGCCGCAAGAGGUGAUUUUGGUCUAGCAAGAACCGGUUGUGAUGAUACAGAUGAGACGAGUGUGGUUGGGACCCUUGGGUAUGUAGCACCGGAGUAUGCCGAAUGUGGGAAAGUGUCAAGAAAGACAGAUGUUUACUCGUUUGGUGUCGUUUUGUUACAGUUGAUCACAGGUUGUAAGACAAAAGAGAAGAAGUUUGAUGGGAAAACCCUAGUUGAAUGGGCAAGACCGCUUCUGGAAGAUCAGAAUUAUCCAGAUUUAAUUGAUGAGAGGAUUGUUGAUUCCCCAGAUGUCCAAGUCUUCCAGUUGUAUCUUAUGGUACGACUAGCAGAAGGUUGUCUCAAGAAAGAUCCUACCAAGAGAUAUACAAUGGCAUAUGUGGUGAAGCAAUUAGAACGCAUUAUGGGAGGGAAUAAUACAAGCUCCAGAGACGGAAGGAAAUGUUAA